AUGACUCUGCACCUGCCCGAUUACAAGGUGGAGGCGAUAAAAGCCGACUGCAACGACCUGCUAGCACGUCACGAGGUGUCAGUCAGAGAACUAUCUCAGCUAAUUGGGAGGCUGACCGCCUCCAUACAGGCCAUUUUCCCUGCCCCCUUGUAUUACCGUCAUCUCCAACAUCUGAAACACCAAGCCCUAGCCCAACGCAAGGGUUACGACGCAACUAUAGCCCUAUCAAGAGAAGCGGAGGAGGAGCUACACUGGUGGCUAGCCCACCUGAACGCUUGGAACGGACGGGCAAUUCUACACCCUUCUCCCGACCUAAUAAUCGAAACGGACGCGUCAAUGAGGGGUUGGGGUGCGGUGUGUCAAGGGGUAAGAACCGGGGGACUGUGGUCUCAGAUGGAGCAGAAGCUUCACAUAAACUGUUUGGAGCUUCUAGCGGGCUCCUUUGCCGUGAAGAGUUUCACCAAGGAUCGAUUAUGUGUCCACGUGAGGCUUCGCAUGGACAACACUUCGGCAGUAGCUUAUGUGAACCGUCUAGGGGGGACACACUCCCUUGUCCUAGCCAAUUUGGCCCUGGCCCUGUGGGAAUGGGCCCUGAACCGCAAUAUUUUCCUGAGUGCCGAACAUCUUUCCGGCCGUCUGAAUACCACGGCAGAUUGGCAAUCUCGACACUUCGACGACUCGAGCAAUUGGCAGCUAUGCCCAGAGGUGUUUCGGGCUCUGAU